UCCGGCCGCGGCUGCCCCGGUCCCGCCGGCGUCGCCCCCCGGACCCCGCGGGCUCCUCGGCUGCUCGGCGGGAGAACAGGAGAUCCCAGCGCCAGGGUUCCUCGGGAGGUGUCGGGGCUGGAAGGGGCGCCGGCUGCUCCGGCAGCACCAGCGGAGCGCUCAGCCCUCGCUGUGCCCCGCGCCGGGAUCGCCCCGCGCCGCAGCUCGGCCCCAGCGAGGAGGAGGAGGAGGAGGAGGCUGCGAGGAAGAGGAGCAGGGCCCGGGAGCCGCAGGCAGAGCAGGAGCUGAGCAUGGCGAGCAGCGAGCAGCCGCUGGCAGGGGCAGAGCUGGGGCUCCGCGAGCAGCUCCAGGGUGGGGAGGAGAAGCCCCACAAGUGCUCGGAGUGCGGGAAGAGCUUCAAGUGGAGAUCGUCCCUGAUCCGCCACUGCAGGAUCCACACCGGGGAGAAGCCCUACGAGUGUGGGGAAUGUGGGAAGAGCUUCAACACCAGGUCCUACCUGGUCGUCCACCAGAGGAUGCACAAUGGGGAGAGGUCCUACGAGUGUGGGCUGUGCGGGAAGAGCUUCAGCACCAGCUCCCACCUGAUCGUCCACCAGAGGAAUCACACCGGGGAGAGGCCCUACGAGUGCGACGUGUGCAAGAAGAGGUUCCAGAGCAGCUCCACGCUCCGUAGCCACCAGCGGAUCCACACCGAGGAGAGGCCGUUCCGCUGCCCCGACUGCGGGAAGGGAUUCAGGGAGAAUUCCACUCUCACCACCCACCGGCCCGGCGUCCACACCGGGGAGAGGCCCUACGUGUGCAGGGAAUGCGGGAAGAGCUUCAACACCAGCUCCUACCUGGUCGUCCACCAGAGGAUGCACAGCGGGGAGAAGCCCUACGAGUGUGGGGUGUGCGGGAAGAGCUUCAGCAGGAGCUCCCAGCUGAUCGUCCACCACAGGAGCCACACGGGGGAGCGGCCCUACGAGUGUCCCCAGUGUGGGAAGGGCUUCACCAACAGCUCCAACCUGAUUGUCCACCAGAGGAGCCACGCUGGGGACAAACCCUACGAGUGCGAGCGGUGCGCUCAGAGGUUCCGGAGCAUCGGGGAUCUCGUGGUGCACCAGGGCUCGCACAGAGAGGAGAAGCCAUUCCACCUCCCUGAGUGUGGGAUGGGCUCCAGCGUGGUCGAGCCGCGCUGCAUCCGCACUGGGGAGUGUGAGGAGAGCUUCAGCGGGAGCUCCAGCCUGGUUGUCCACCACAGGGACCAUGCUGAGGAGAGCUCCAGCCUGGUUGUCCACCACAGGGACCACGCUGAGGAGAGCUCCAGCCUGGUUGUCCACCACAGGGACCACGCUGAGGAGAGCUCCAGCCUGGUUGUCCACCACAGGGAGCACUCCAGCCUGGGUGUCCAAAGUCAGCCUGGUUGUCCACCACAGGGACCACGCUGA